CGACUCUUGCGUGUUAUACAUCUUCAAAUCAAACAUUCCGGGAAACCAUAGCAGGUGUCUUCUUCCGAAAUGCCGGAGAAGUCACAGGGUCCGGUUUACUGUGAUCACUAAAAGGGCAGGGGGCCCGGUCUCAGGUUGCCCCGACUUGAGGGCCCCAGGUAAAUUUAGUCAUGUGCACUUGCAGUUUUGGCGGUCAGACCCUUUGAGGCGACCACAGAGUGACGACUGGACUGGACUCGGGGGACUUAAACACAUACGAGGAUACGUACUAUGGAAUCAUGACAUCGGCAGAGGAGGGUGAAGACCUGGAGGAGACUGUUGAAAACUAUGCCACUGACAAAACAUGGAGCUGGACCCGUCAGACCAUGAACUACGUGGGCCAGUUGGCGGGUCAGGUGUUCGUACAGGUCAAGGAGCUGUAUCGAGGCCUCAACCCGGCCACGCUGUCGGGCUGCAUCGACGUCAUCGUCGUGCGGCAGCCCGAUGGCUCCCUGCACUGCUCGCCCUUCCACGUCCGCUUCGGCAAGAUGGGCGUCCUCCACUCCCGAGAGAAAGUGGUGGACAUGGAAAUUAAUGGAGAGCCAGUGGAUCUACAUAUGAAGCUCGGCGAUAAUGGAGAGGCUUUCUUUGUCAAAGAAAUGGAAAAUAAUCAGGAAGUGGUUCCCCCCUACCUGGCCACCUCUCCUAUCCUGUCAGACGGGCUCGUUCUGAUGAGCUCCUCGCUGAUGGGGAAGACCUCCGGGCCUUCCGUGCAGACCCUGGGCUCCGCGGGGAGCAGCGGUGAGACCGGCAGCGCGAUGGCGAUGAUGAUGAAGAAGAGAAGAAAGAGAAGGAGGAAAGCCCGGUCCGACAGCAUGAAGAGUGAGGAGGGCGGCGACUACUCGGAGGACGAGGACAUGUUCACCAUCGACAUCAGCUCCGAUGAGGAGAUGGACAGCAACAGGCCCUCUUCCAGGGAAGCGGCACUCGGGCCGACCAAUGGUUCUUUCAAACAGUCUGCCGUCUAUGCGCACUCCGAUGGCGACUGGAGUCCCCUCCAGAGCCCAGGAAACUCCCGUCCCGCUUCUCCCAAAAGCGACACUGAGCUCAUGAUGAAGCCUUCCGAUGCAGUCGAUCAAGAUUCGGCCAUGCACUGGGCGUGGGGAGAGCUGCCUCAGGCUGCCACUCCAUCUUUCCUUUCAAUGAAAUUCGAGCCACCGCCAGUUUGUCCCGUGUCAAUCCCGGUAUCGGAGAGCACGCACUUCCGAGUGAUUGCCCACGAGGCCUCAUCAGAGGAGAUUGCCGUCGCCAUGGCGAUGGAGACAGACUCUUCGAGGAUGGAGACAUCGAUGGAUUGCGCGCCGUCCCAUAUGACGCCAGAUGUGGAGGAGACAACGGGCCGCCCGUCGGUUAAUACUGACUCUCCGUCGAAGAAAAAAGACAAAAGGAGCCGUCAUCUCGGCGCUGAUGGAGUUUAUUUGGAUGACCUCACCGAACUGGAGCCUGAAGUGGCCGCCUUGUAUUUCCCAAAGAGUGAUGGAACCGGAGCAGUGAAGAGCGUGUCGGACCCGGGCCUCCGCAGCACCAGCCUCUCCCCUCAGUCGCUGAGCUCCGGGGGAGACAGCGGCGUGGACGGCUUCAGCGACCCGAUGGGCAACCUGCCGUCCAACGCCAUCUCGCUGUGCGGCGGCCUGACCGACAACAAGGAGAUAGGCAAAGAGCAGUUCCACGCAAAGAUUAUCUCGUACCAGAAGUUUGUUCAGAACCCGGCGGUCAUUGACGACCCCAACCUGGUGGUGAAAAUUGGCUCCAAAUACUAUAAUUGGAGCACUGCUGCUCCCAUCAUGCUGGCGAUGCAGGCCUUUCAGAAGCCACUGCCAAAGGCCGCUGUGGAGACCAUCAUGAAGGAGAAGAUGCCCAAGAAAGGAGGGAGGUGGUGGUUCUCCUGGAGAGGCCGCAACAGCAAAUCGGAUUCCGUCUCGGAACGCGGUGCCUGCGGCUCGGCUCAAGUCGGGACGUUGGCCAGCCGACGUAAAGAAGAGACAUCGUCCAGCGACGAAGAUCACAAGCAGAGCUCCGCCAGCGUCCCGUCGGAGGCCGGGAUGGCCACGGGAAGCGUGUCGUACAAGAAGACGCUGCGACUCACCUCGGAGCAGCUGAUGUCACUGCAGCUUCAGGAGGGUGCCAACGACGUGGUGUUCAGCGUGACCACUCAGUACCAGGGAACGUGUCGUUGCCAGGGAACCAUCUACCUCUGGAAAUGGGAUGACAAGAUCAUCAUUUCCGACAUUGACGGAACCAUCACAAGGUCGGACACGCUGGGCCACAUCCUGCCCACUUUGGGUAAAGACUGGACCCACCAGGGCAUCGCACAGCUCUACCAUAAAGUCAGCCAAAACGGCUACAAGAUCCUGUACUGCUCGGCCCGAGCUAUCGGCAUGGCGGACAUGACGCGGGGCUACCUGCACUGGGUGAGCGAGAGGGGCACUAUGCUUCCUGUGGGGCCCGUGUUGCUCAGCCCCAGCAGCCUGUUUUCAGCACUGCACAGGGAAGUGAUCGAGAAGAAGCCGGAGAAGUUCAAGGUGGAAUGUCUAACUGAUAUCAGGAACCUCUUUUACCCCAACACGCAGCCUUUCUAUGCGGCCUUUGGCAACAGGCCCACGGAUGUGUUUUCCUACAAAGAAGUCGGGGUCCCACUGAACAGGAUUUUCACGGUGAACCCCAAAGGGGAGCUGGUGCAGGAACACGCCAAGACCAACAUCUCAUCGUACGUGCGUCUGGGGGAGGUGGUGGACCACGUGUUCCCGCUCAAGAUGCGAGCCUCGUCCUCGGACUUUCCCUGCUCGGACACCUACAGCCACUUCACCUACUGGAGGGAGCAGCUCCCCCUGGUGGACAGUCAUGGAACCACACCCUCUAGGACCCCCGGUCACUGGCAGCUGACCCCUAGUAGUAGUAGUAGUAGUAGUGGUUAGAAUUAACCAGCAGCUUGCUACUGGUACAUUCUCGUACUCGGCAUAGCACCUUUUACCAAACACGAUGCGCUGAAGUGCACUUUGUGACUGAAUAAUUGAUUCAGAGCAUCUUAUUGAUUUGAAGUGAGCCUUUAUUUUUACUUGCGAUAAACUUGGUGCCAAAUAUAUACUUUUAUUUUCUUAUCUUAUAUAGUAUAUAUAUAUAUAUAUAUAGAGAGAGAGAGAAACAUCCAUUCACUGCGUCUAGUAACAUUUUCCACCACUAUGACAUUUCUGCACACAAGUAGAAAAAUGUUGGCAUAUUAGUACAACAUGUUACAAGUGAGGCAAACUACUAGUGUGCCUGUUGAAGCUACUAGGAGCCUACUAGUAUGUCACACAUGCCUGCUAGUUGGGCCUAGCUGUGUUAUAGUGCAGCACAGUAAUUUACUUGUAAGAUACUGUAAGCCAAAAGAGGCACUAGUAGGAUACAGAUUAAGGCUGCAAUUUAAUCAUUACUCUGCAUUAAGUGUAAAAAAAAAAAAAAAAAAAAAAUGUAAUAGGCAAACAAAGGAAAGAAACUUUUUUUCACCACAGCACCAUCUGAUGGAUCUGGUGGGGCACUGCCCCACUCCUCUUUGUGGAUACACAUUAAGGUUGCAAUAUGUAUACAUACAGUAUGUUCCUCCAGAGCAGGAUAUGGCUAAUUUUACAAAUGACAUCAGUUAUUUUGUAAAUUAGCCAAAAUGUGAUGUCACAAUGGGGCAAAUCAUCUGAAUAAUAUCAGGAUAAUGUGAGCUUGUUUUUGCACGCACAAUUAAGAAAGAAAACGGACUACGUACUGUGGAUAGAAAGAAAACUUAAAAAUAUGAACACCUUCGUCACUUCUUUGGCAUCAAAUGCCUUGAAAUGUACAAAUCUCUUAUUUUCAUUCCAAUGCACCUGAUAUCCCUUAUAAGAAAUACUGUAAAAUUCCCUUCAUAACUUCUUGGACAUGACUUUUGAUUGCAUUGACAGAAAGAUUCAUUUUCACUCAUACUUCCUGUUUCAGUCACAUGUUUUGUGACAAACCAAAUCAGACUAUCGCAGUAUCUCUGCUCGAUGACGUGUAUGUACUGUAUUGUAUAUUAUGCUUGAAAAUAUGUAUUAUUCUUUCUAUGAAAGAGUUUGAAGUUUGACCCCGUCUUCUCUGUGUAGACCACCCUCACUGUUUAAAUAAGUGUCAACAAAGUCAGAUAAAAAAUGAUCUUGUCGA